AUGGAAAACAGUGUUGACAUCAAGAUAGAAACCAAGGGGGAAAGAAAACCAGUAAAGCAGAACCCACUGAGCAAAGCUGGGAAGAGAAUCUGCAGAGCUGUUGGGUACAUCACUGGAGACAUGAAGGAAUUUGGAGCCUGGCUAAGAGAUAAACCUCUCAUGAUCCAGUUUAUUGACUGGGUGCUGCGGGGGAUAUCCCAAGUCAUGUUUGUCAACAAUCCCCUCAGUGGACUUAUCAUAGUUGCUGGUUUCCUGGUGCAGAACCCAUGGUGGACACUCACAGGCUGUUUAGGAACAGUUGUCUCAACUUUAACAGCACUUAUUCUGGGUCAGGACAGAUCAGCCAUAGCAGCAGGCCUGCAUGGCUAUAACGGGGUCUUGGUGGGAUUGCUCAUGGCCGUCUUCUCUGCUGAGGGAAACUACCACUGGUGGUUUCUACUGCCAGUAGCACUGGUGUCCAUGACGUGCCCUGUUUUCACCAGUGCUUUAGGCUCAGUCCUCUGUAAGUGGGAUCUGCCUGUUUUCACCUUGCCUUUCAACAUGGCCUUGACCCUCUAUCUGGCUGCAUCAGGACCACAUAACCUCUUCUUCCCUACAACUGUUAUUCAUCCUGCAACAGCAACACCAAACAUCACCUGGACAGAUGCUGAAAUGCCAAUGCUCCUGCAAUCCAUUCCAGUUGGGGUGGGUCAGGUUUAUGGCUGCGAUAACCCCUGGACUGGGGGAAUUUUCCUGAUUGCUUUAUUUAUCUCUUCUCCACUCAUUUGUCUGCAUGCAGCGAUUGGAUCAGCAGUGGGGAUGCUGGCAGCACUGAGCUUAGCAACACCUUUUAGCAAAAUCUACUCCGGCUUGUGGGGCUACAACAGCUCCCUCUCAUGUAUUGCAAUCGGAGGCAUGUUCUACGCUUUCACCUGGCAGACACAUUUUCUGGCAAUUGCCUGUGCACUCUUCAGUGCCUACCUGGGAGCAACAGUGACUAACUUGUUGUCUGUGUUUGGGGUGCCAUCAGGAACCUGGUCUUUUUGCCUGUCUGCACUGACCUUCCUGUUAAUAACCACAAACAACUCUGCCAUCUACAAGCUGCCACUCUCCAAAGUCACCUAUCCAGAAGCCAACCGAGCUUAUUACCUGAAGAUGAAAAAACAUCAGAGGUCUUGCUGUGAGGUAUAAAGACCCAAGAAGAAAGAUACUUCACAGAUUUUA